AUGAAGAUAAUUAAAGUGUAUAGAUCUAUUUGUAUUUUACUAAUAAUAUAUUUGUCAGGAAUAAUUUUGCAGAGCCUAAAUUCGUUUGAUACUAUAUUGCAUAUUUCUUUAGAUAGCCGAAAUGAAUAUAUGUCUGGAACAAAUGGGAGAAAACUUGCACAAAGAAAUCCUUCAAGGGAAGCAUUAAAACGUCCUUAUAAUUGCGCACUUACGGAGGAUGAACUUCAUAGACUUUAUCACAUAAUACAUGUAGAAUCAAUGACUGCAGGUGAUAUAUUAACUGCCAUAAUUUUACAUUUGGACGAAGAAACAGAUCAUGUAAAUGUUGAAGAAUUAAUUAGGAACAAGCUACUUCGGCGUUUACGGAUGGAAAUGCCAAAUUUCCCCUUAAAGAUAAGAGUAACUAUGCAGGCUAGAUUAACUCAAUUCGUGGAAGAAGUAAUGGAAAUGAGUCCGUUACGUCAAGAUAUAAUUUUGCAGAAGUUAGAAGCCUAUAACGUGGAAUUGGACCAAAGUGUAGAAGCACUGCGGUAUGUUGCAGGACAAGAUACAGAAGAGGAAAUGUAUGAAUUUAUAAAUGAUUUGUCUUUUUUAAGAGAAUCACUAGAAGUUCUAUUGAGAAGUAAUGGUAUUGUAGUAAGUGAUGAUACAUUAACCACAAUGGUGCUUCGAAUAAGGAGAAGAAUUUUGGACAUUCUUAAACAUCAUCAUGGACUCAUUGAAGAGAACACGAUUAAUCGAAUCAAGAGUGAUAAGGGAAUCUCCGAAUUUUUAGGCAGCUACAGAUUAUUAGCAGAGUCCGAAGUGAACUUCGAUAACUUAUUCGAUUUAUAUAGGAGAAACUUUUUAAAUAAAAUGGGAUAUACUGAUGAAGACGCGGAAAGAAUCAGAACAACAGUGGAGUCACAUUUAGAUCAGGCGAAAAGUAUAGACAUAGAUCGAAGACGCAACGAAAAAUCAGUAGUUUUCGAGCAUAUUAUAAAACGUGAUAGUAACAAUAGCAUUUCAAAGUUUUUUAACAAUUUCAGAGUAUUAUCUUCUCCCUAUUUUCUUGCCGUAUGUUCAUUCAUAUUAUUUUCUAAUGGGUAUUACAGGUUGUUUUUAGCUCUAGUGGGCAUACUGAUUUUUAAAUUUGUAAAUUUCUUUUGGGAUUUAAAAUAUAUCUGUGGAGGAAUGGCGCAUAAUGUGUAA